GUGAAAAUUCUUGACAGCCUUUUCUUUGGCUUUAAAUCGUAUUUCUUUACUUCUAACAUAAGGCAAGAGAUCAAGCUUUUCCCUUUUUAAAGUUACAGUGAUUGGAGCUACUAUGGGAGUGGUUGUUCCUACUGCUUUGUGUGUUUCACUAGUACUGUUCAUUCUCUACAGGAGGAAACAUGGUCACAGGACCCUCUGUUUCAAAGAGGCCCACAAUGAUACAACUAAGAUCACCACAUUUGAAAAUGACUUUACUGCAGAUCCCAAGACUAAUAGUGAUAAUGCUGCACACUCACAGAUUGACUAUAUGGUAGCUAAUGACCUAUAUGGUGAUGGGACAUCAGGGAUAGAUAGUCAAGAUUCUAUAGAAAAUGAAUUUGACAAUGGUACCAUUACACGGACUGUUCACACUGACAGCAACGGCCUCUACAAUGAAGAAACUAUUAUGACCGACUGUGACAUUUACACAUCAGAGGACCUUCAGGAAGGCAGUGAUAGCGACAGUCUCUAUAACAAAGAGGCUGUUAUGAUGGACUGUGACAUUUAUGUUUCUGAAGAUAUUCAGCAAAAUUAUGAGAACUUUCAACUGGAUGCCCUGUAUGCAAUGCCAGCAAAAGGAAAAGCUUGUGGAAAAAAUUCUCAAGAUAAACCCCCUAUUACACCAAGGAGAAAAGACAAAGAAAAAUAGAUUGUAGCCCAUUCUAUGAUGUAAAGGAAACUUUAAACUCAAGAAUUGUUAUUGAAUAAAACAGAAUAGAAUGUUUCUCCUCAUCUUGGUGAAUACUUGUAGACUGGACCAGAAUUUUCAUGGAGAUACAUUCCAGUUCAAACAGGGUUUAAUUUUCCAUGUUAGUUACUUGUAAACCAUUCACUUGAUCAGGUAAAUAUUAAUUCUACAGAGUUAGCUGUAUACCUGAUUACGUUUGGUGUGGCUGCAUGUGGUGCAUGUG